AGCGACCUCUAGCAGUGGGAGAGAUCAUGAAAAGGCAUUUGUUAAUCUAGAAAUUGCCACAAAAUCGAAGACGAGCAGAGCGACUAGCACGCAGUCCAAAUUGUUGCGGACGUCACGGUAUUCUUUACAAGUUAAACCGAGCCGUGUACACCUGAUUACAUAUCCAGGGCUGAGCUGUCAUCAUAACUGCUAGUGAAGUACAAACGAUUGGUUUAGACGUUUCGCUCAGGAAAUGAGCAGACUGUAAGUAAGUAACGUGUUCUCCGAUAUGUUGGAAAGUUAAGUUUACACACAGAUAACAAACACACCGCUUCGCUCCACUAAAGAUACAGUGAACGAAAGUAAGAAAAAAUAAAAGAGGAGGUGCAGCUCGAUGAAGAACAGAAAACAGUCGUCUUAUAGAUAUAUUUGCACAAGCUCAUAGUGUUGGACUUCUUGUGCCGUGUAUAAUAACAAAAGUUGGACUUAAAAAAAGAACACGGAAUUGAAUAGUGUUGCCACAAAUAGUGUUGUAUAAAAAGUGCUCGCCAUGUGGAGUUGUUUUAAUUAAGUUACAUUACGCUUCUCUCGGGCCAAAAUACUUUUUUUUUUUGUCUAGACUAGUAUAGUGGCUAGAACUUUAUUAUGUUGCAUGCCGCAAGGUACACGUGCGUUUGAGCUCAUUGGACUAGAGGAAACGCUUUUAUCUGUAUUGGAAUUGAAAUUAAAUCUGGAAGUAUCCAAAACAUCUUCUAAAGCCAGAUGUCAGACGACUUCUGAUUGGUAGGAUCCAAUAAUGUUGCGAUUAACGAGCUGCAUUGCAAACAAUAUACAAAAUCCUGCUCUGGGUGGUAAGAAUUUUGAAUGAAAUUCAUAUUUCACAGUACUUUAACUGUUCCUUGUCGAACUUAAUAAAUGAACCAUCUCGUUAUUACAAACUAAUGACAAAUAGAUUCAGACAAUCUCUUAACUCAUGUGUAUUGCGGCAAAAAAAAGGGAACAAAUAGUAUAUGUUUUCAAAUAUCAGCAGCUCAACUGUGGUUCAUUGAUUGUCAUUCCUCGGUGAGUAAGUUUACUGAAUUACAACGCUUAAAUCCGGGGUUUGAUUCCCCGCAGUGGACACAGCAGAUAGCCAAAUGUGGCUUUGUUCUAGAAAAACAAACAAAAAUCAUUGACUAUCUGCCAAAGAUUUUACAACUGCACAAUACAAUAGUUAGUUAAACUCUAAAAAAGACGAGAAAAAACAAUUUUCAUGUGCAACUGAAUAGUUUGUGUCUCGUUUGAAAUACUUUUACAAAGGUCAAGAUCUAAAAUCUAUGACCUGUGGACAAACAUCGCCAUGGGAGCGUCUGAAGUGCUACAUCCCUUAAAAGCAACAUUAUUUCACUCGGUAAUAUAUUUGAAUAUCAUGCUAGGAAAGGGUUCACUAGCAUGUCCGACUGCCUGCUUUUGUGACGAAGGGUUCCAUUAUGUUAGCUGUGUUGGAGAUGGAUCGUGGGUAAUACCAUCUGACAUUCCCAAAACGGUUAUUAGACUUGAACUUCGAAACUACAUGAUUCCAUACUUAUCUUCUGCAGACCUGACGGGCUUAGUACAGUUACAAGAGCUCAUAGUUCAACAAGCUCAGCUACAUGUUAUUUCCAAUGACACUUUUUUAAAUCUUAAGACUCUGAAACGUUUGGAUUUAAGUCAGAAUUUGCUCACUGUCCUGAACAGAGGAACUUUCGAUGGUGUAUUUGCAUUACGCUACUUGGACGUCUCCUCUAACUUUCUUGUCAGUUUUGAAGAAGCCUUUGGAGAAUUAUCAGCUGUAGAACAGCUCAACUUAAGGGCCAAUCAGAUUCCACGACUGACAGCUAAGAGCUUAACAGGAUUAAGAAAGAUUCAAUAUUUGAAUCUAGACUCAAACAAUAUUUCUCUAAUUGAAGUGGGAUCCUUUCAAUAUUUAACAAAUUUAGCUCAUCUCAUUUUGAGCAACAAUCCCCUUACUACCUUAUGUCGCUUGGAUUUUUUUGGCAACAGACUCCAGUAUAUUGAUAUAUCACAUAUUGGUAUACAGCGUGUGCCUCAAAGCUUAACUCGAUUUGUUAGAGACUUAAGACUAGCCAAAAAUAACAUUACUUACAUCCCAGCUGGAGAUCUUGAAAGCUACAAUUAUAUUGAGCUUCUUGUUCUAGAUGAUAACAAUAUUACAGAAAUUGAAAAUGAUGCUUUGGGGCGGCUGGAAUUUCUGAAUAGAUUAUGGUUAAACGGUAAUAAACUGAGUUCAGUUCCUGUCAACUUACCACCAUCUUUGAGCGCCCUUUACAUAGAGGAGAAUAGAUUGAAAAAAGUAUCAUCAUUUAGUUUUCAAGGGCUAAUUAACUUGGAACAGUUAUUUCUUCAAAGGAAUCAGAUUGAAGAGCUAGAAGAAUGUGCCUUCUGCGACCUCUUUAAUUUAAAAAGUCUGGAUCUCCAAGCUAACAAGAUAAGAAAUCUGACACCUGGUAUUUUUGAAAAGCUUAGUCACCUUCAGAUCUUGGAUCUUUCUCAGAAUGAAAUUAAACUAAUGGAGCCAAGAUGUUUUUUUGGAUUGAACCAUCUCCAAAUCCUCCAGGUUUCUCGCAUUUCUUCCUUUGUACAAUUUGAUGAGCUAAUGUUUGACACAUUGACGAACCUGCACACUUUGGAGCUAUACGACAGCGCCCAGUUUUGUAGUCAGGUUCUUAAUGCCACCAGAGCCCUCCAUGGCCUACGUAAUCUCAGAGAACUAAAUAUUAUGCACAAUAACCUUAUCAACCUUCGUUCUGAUUUUCCCUCUUUCUUCCCAAAAUUAAAGAUUAUAAAAAUGAGUGGGAAUACAUGGCAUUGCAACCAGUCCAUUUUAUGGCUUCAAAAAUGGAUCACUACCUCAACCGUUCAAUUUUACCAGAGCUAUGACAUUCGUUGUGCUUCUCCUCUACAUUUUAAAUUCAAACCGAUAAUGCUUCUCAAGAAGGAGGACUUUACAAAUACACAGAAUAUAACUUCUUCAGAAACCAAGACAGAUUUUAGGAAUUCCAAAGAGAACGGAGACACACCUGGUCUUUCAGUAAAAGGAUUCUUAUCAAUAACAGCAAAACCUGUUGGAAGUUCGAUCCCUGUAUAUGGAACAUUUGUGUCGGUUAAGCUGAACAGAAGUCAACCUAAUUUGUGGAUAAAACAGUUUGAAUCAAAUCCCUCGAGGAAUGAAGAACCACGUGUACGUACCUCAGAAGUAUCAUCUUAUAGUGAAACCGUCACUCCAUCCCGUAUCUCGAGUGACGUUUCAAUAACGCCAAUAGUGUCAAAUACCAGACUUAUCAAUCCCAUUUACACCAGCAACGAUAAGGAUAAUAUAAGCCAUAUUCAAACAGGAACAUCAAAUAUUACCAGAACAACUGUUGCAAAUGGUGAGUUCACAGAUUUUCUCGAGGAUGUUAAGGUGUCAUUUGUAAACAGGAGUAAUAUUUCAACGCUUCCAAUUAACAAUAAGACAAUGGGUUUUAUUGAAGGAAACCACGACACGCAGCAAGAACAAUACAAACACCCAACUGUCAAUGCCCGUAGAGGAGACGAACUCCGAUUCAAAAAUACGCCAACCCCUAUAGUAAUAACGUUUUCAUUGGUUGGAGGCUGUUUGCUCGUGUUGGUAGGGUUAUUAAUAUCAUUUGUUAUAUGCCGUCAUCACAAUUUCUCUUGCAACGCAGGAGAAUGUAAAGUCCGAAGAAGUAGCAACAUUUCAUACAGCCCUCAAAGAGAUGAGGUGUCUAUACUUACAGUACCAGAUGGAACUAUGAGAAUAAAAACAAACUCCCAUUAUGAAUUGGGAAACAAACUGUAUUACUUCAUGGAGAGUAAUGAUGCGUAUCCAGAUCAGCAGUUCCAAGAACUACUUCCACGGACAAUGGAGGAAAAUGGGCAUUUCCUUAGUUGAAAUCCUAAUGUACAGUCCGCAGAAAUAGAAAAGCCUUUAUUUUCCACUCGUUGACUUCCUUUUCACGAUCUUUGACAGCGAACUUUCCAGUGCUUUCUGUAGUAAUGGAUACCUUCUGGAAGCCCAAAGUGUUAGAAUGAUAAGAAACAGGAGCUAAGGUCGUUCAUUUCCCACAUGUUUAAUGUUUUGUUUGUGAUUAAUUCUCAUAGGUCUUUUCUCAAAGUAGUUUAUCACUAGAGCGUAAAGGAUAUUACCAAACACAUAUAAUCACCAAAACUUGCUUGAACCACCAUUUUAUUUCUUAAAAAAAAAUAGAAUUUAAGAUUCUGAUGUAAUGUAAGAUAUCCAUUAUAUUCAUUUAAGAAAAUAUUACUUAAAACACAUUAAACAAUAUUUCGUCAGCUCUCAACUUCUAUUCUGACGUUUGUAAAUGUAUUAACACAGUGGGAAAAACAAACAGCUUAUGUGGCCAUGUUUUCCCCAGAUAAUUAUUUUUUUGUAGUCUUGGAAAAGCUCGUUUGUUGCAUCUUGUAAAUACGACAGAAAUAACCAUCUUCAGUGUAUGCGUUAUUUUAAAUAAUACAUCAUGUGGGAAAUCUUUAACUUGAUUCAAUUUGACUUUUAUCAAAAUUAUGGCUUGAAUCACUGCUGCCAAAAUAAUAUAUAUUUUUCUAAAAAUGAAAUUCAAAAUAAAUACAAAUUCAGCUGUUUUCCACAUCCACAAGUUUUAUCUGCUUUAUGAAAAAAUUGAAAUUUGUUAUUUAUUUUACAAGGUUUU